CAUUAACCAAUAGGUAGUGUGGUAAGGAGUAAAACAUUUGGCGGUCAAACGUCAUCGCUGUUAUUUAAAUUUUUCGGAAGUUGGUUGCAUAAUCAACAGGAAAAGAUAGUUCGGAAAUGACGGACGUUUCGGACGUGGGCGACCAAGCCCAAGUCCAAGUGGCUUUGGCCGACGUCAACAAUUUCUUGAAGUAUUUAAGAAAAGCUGUCCCCAUUUGCUUGGAAGAAGAUGUUGUCACUUCCCAGUCAUUUGAAACUGCAUUGGGGGACAAAGUUCACCAGGAAGCAAUCAGAAAAUUCAUCAGCGACCCACAGACAAGAGCAAUUUUCAUUCAGCGCAGUUCAACAAAAGAUGAAGAUGCAGUUGCUGGAGACCAGAGUGGAGAAACUGAGGAUGACAAAGAGCUUGUAACUUAUUACAUCUCAACAAAUGUGCAGUUCACUAGCUCAAAGAUGAGCAGCAUUGUUUGCAUUAAACGUGGAGCAGUCCUUGAAGCAGACAAGCAAAUCAUUCAGCAGAUUCAGCUGGUCAACUUUAGUGAAGGCUCUCCGUAUGAAACACUGCACUCAUUUGUCAGUGGUGCUAUGGCUCCAUACUUCAAAUCUUACAUCAAAGAAUCGGGACGAGCUGAUGCCCGUGAUGGUGACAAGAUGGCCCCAUCUGUCGAGAAGAAAAUCUCCGAGCUCGAGAUGGGUUUGCUUCACCUCCAACAGAACAUCGACAUCCCCGAAAUUUCCCUACCAAUUCACCUCACCGUGAGCCAAGUUGUCAAGAAAUGCCUUGAGGAGAACGUCAAGCCUAAAGUGGCUGAUUUUGGCGAUAAAGUUGAAGACUCAUCUUUCCUCAAUAGUCUUCAAAAUGGAGUCAACCGCUGGAUCAGAGAAAUUCGCAAAGUUACCCGUUUGGACCGUGAUCCUUCAUCUGGAACCGCUUUACAGGAAAUCAGUUUCUGGCUGAAUUUGGAGCGGGCCCUUUUGCGCAUUCAGGAAAAGCGUGAAAGCCUGGAAGUUGCCUUAACUUUGGACAUCUUGAAGCAUGGCAAACGCUUUCACGCCACCGUCAGCUUCGAUACAGACACUGGUCUGAAGACAGCCCUGGCUAUGGUCAACGACUACAACCCACUGAUGAAAGAUUUCCCCAUCAACGACUUGCUGUCGGCCACAGAACUGGAGCGUAUCCGUUCUGCGGUCAUUGCCAUCUUCAACCACCUUCGCAAAAUUCGCAACACCAAGUACCCCAUCCAGCGCGCUCUACGCUUGGUCGAGGCCAUUUCGCGGGACCUUAGCAACCAGCUCUUGAAAGUUCUGAGCACCCGCCGCCUCAUGCAUGUUCCCUUUGACGAAUUCGAGAAGGUGAUGAACCAAUGCUUCGAAGUCUUCAAUACUUGGGACGACGAACACGAAAAGUUCCACGGAUUGAUGCGCGAUAUGGCCAAGAAGAAGCGCGAAGACAUGAAGAGCUUUUGGCGCGUGACUCCGGCCCACAAGAAGCUACAGUCGCGCAUGGAACAGAUGCGCAAAUUCCGGCGUCAACACGAGCAACUUUGCAGCGUCAUCGGCCGCGUCUUGCCACCGAUGCUACCUCCACGCCAGAACUUGAAAGGUCCGGAUGCCGUCGCUCCGGAACAGCAACGCAUCAGCCCCGAAUUCGCCCUGAUGAAUCCAGCUGAUAUUAACGCCAUCGAAGAAGUCAAUCUUGCUUAUGAGAACGUCAAGGUGGUCGAUGGCUUGGACAUUAGCAAAGAAGGCACUGAAGCUUGGGAGGCGGCUCUGCGUCGUUACGAAGAGCGCAUCGACCGUGUCGAAACGCGAAUUACAGCGCGUCUUCGCGACCAGCUCGGCACUGCUAAGAAUGCCAACGAAAUGUUCCGCAUCUUUUCGCGCUUCAACGCUCUGUUCAUCCGGCCCCACAUCCGCGGCGCCAUUCGCGAAUACCAGACUCAGCUGAUUCAGCGUGUCAAGGAUGACAUCGAAGCCCUCCAUGAAAAGUUUAAGGUUCAAUAUCCGGCGAGCAAAGCGUGUCGAAUGAGUCAUAUCUGGGACCUUCCGCCUACGUCUGGUUCCAUCAUUUGGGCUCGUCAGGUCGAAAGGCAACUGAAUACCUAUAUGAAGCGCGUCGAAGAUGUUUUGGGAAAAGGCUGGGAGAACCAUGUCGAAGGUCAGAAACUGAAAGCCGAUGGCGACAGUUUCCGUCUGAAGCUCAACACUCAAGAAAUCUUCGAGGACUGGGCUCGUAAAGUUCAGCAGCGCAAUUUGGGCGUUUCGGGCCGCAUCUUUACGAUCGACACGCAGCGAACUCGCAUUGGAGGUCGGGGCAAUACUCUCCGUCUCCGCGUCAAUUUCCUGCCGGAGAUCAUCACGCUAGCGAAAGAAGUCCGCAACCUCAAGAUCCUCAAUUUCCGCGUGCCGCUGGCCAUCGUCAACAAGGCUCACCAGGCCAAUCAGCUCUACCCGUUUGCCGUCUCGCUGAUUGAAAGUAUCCGCACCUACGAGCGCACACUGGAGAAGCUGGCUAUUGGACAGCCUUCAGCCCCUUCCAAGAUGGAGGAGAAAUACAACGUGAGUCUUCUGGCCGCCGGUAUGCACCGCGAAGCCCAGCUCUUGAUUGCUGAGGGUGUUGGCUUGGUAUGGGAAUCGUACAAGCUCGACCCGUAUGUCCAGCGCCUCGCUGAAUGCGUCUUCCACUUCCACGAGAAGGUUGACGAUCUGCUGGCCAUCGAAGAGCAGAUUGAUGUCGAUGUCCGUUCGCUGGAGACUUGCGCCUACUCGGCCAACACCUUUGCCGACAUUUUGGGCAAGAUUCAAAAGAUGGUCGAUGACCUCAGUCUUCGCCAGUACUCGAACUUGCAACAGUGGGUCACCAAGGUGGACGAAGAGGUGGAGAAACGUUUGGCUUCUCGUUUGCAAGCUGGAAUUCUGGCUUGGACUCAAGCUCUUGAGGGUCGCAAAGACGCCGAUGUCGAUAAUACAAUGGAUACGGAUGUGCCUCCAGCUCCCGCUGUGAAACUUGGAGGACAGCCCCAAAUUCGCACGAUCGUUCACGAGAUUCGCAUCACCAACCAGACAAUGUAUUUGCAUCCGCCUCUUCCAGAAGCUCGUACCAAGAUCUACGAGCUGAUGUUUGCCUGGCAAGCGAUUGUCACUUCUCUUACUCGCAUCCAGAGCACUCGUUACCAAGUUGCGCUGGACCGUCCCACUUCGCAAACAUAUCGCGAUCUUCUGACGAAGAUGCCCGACGGCCCCGAAGUGUUGGCUGCCGCCUACACCGCCAUUGAGGGACGCAUGAAGGAGGUGAAGGUCUACGUCGACGAAUGGUUCAACUACCAAGCGCUCUGGGACUUGCAGCCCGAGAAGCUCUACGGAACUCUGAAGGAGGACAUCAGCUUGUGGAUGCGCUGCUUGAACGACAUAAAGAAGUCGCGCACCAUCUUCGACACGACUGAAACGCGCAAGGAGUUUGGAGCUGUCGUCAUCGACUACGGCAAAGUCCAGAGCAAGGUGACGCUCAAAUACGAUUCGUGGCACAAGGAAGUGCUGGGCAAGUUUGGCGCUUUGCUCGGUAACGAGAUGGCCCAGUUCCACACCCACGUCAGCAAGUCGCGCAGCGAGCUGGAACAGCAGUCCCUGGAAGCCGGAAGCACCGCCGAUGCUGUCGGACUCAUCACGUACGUCCAGUCGCUCAAGCGCAAGAUGAAGGCCUGGGAGAAGCAAGUGGACACUUACAAGGAAGGCCAGCGCAUUUUGGAACGCCAGCGCUUCCAGUUCCCCAACCAGUGGCUCCACGUCGACAACAUCGAGGGCGAAUGGGGCGCUUUUAGCGAGAUCAUCAAGCGAAAGGACAACGCCAUCCAAACACAAGUGGCCAGCCUGCAACAGAAGAUUGUCGCCGAAGACAAAGCGGUCGAAAGUCGGACGCAGGAUUACCUAGGCGAUUGGGAGAAGACGAAGCCGGUUGAAGGCCACAUGCGACCCGACGAGGCCCUCCAACGCCUGCAACUGUUUGAGACUAAAUAUUCACGCCUGAAAGAAGAACGUGAUAAGGUAGGCAAGGCCAAAGAAGCCCUGGAACUGCAGGAAACUGGACCCAUAUCGACCAAUGAAGAGCGCAUGCAGGUGGCAUUCGAGGAAAUGCAAGAUUUGAAAGGUGUUUGGUCCGAAUUGCGAAAGAUUUGGGAACAGAUCGAUGAAAUGAAAGAGAAACCUUGGCUCUCCGUCCAACCUCGGAAAUUGCGUCAGCAGAUUGAUAAUCUUUUGUCUCAAAUGAAAGAAUUGCCAUCCCGUCUUCGUCAAUAUGCGUCGUUCGAGUAUGUCCGCAAAACUCUUCAAUCCUAUGGCAAGGUUAACGUCUUGGUGACGGAGUUGAAAUCAGACGCUUUGAAAGAACGUCACUGGAAGCAGCUCAUGAAACAGCUACGUGUUAAUUGGAUCCUUUCGGACCUCACUCUCGGUCAGGUCUGGGACAUUGACUUACAGAAGAAUGAGCCUGUUGUGCGUGAUGUUAUUCUUGUCGCACAAGGUGAAAUGGCUUUGGAAGAAUUCUUGAAACAAGUGAGAGAAGCCUGGCAAACAUAUGAGCUAGAGCUGAUCAAUUAUCAAAACAAGUGCCGGCUCAUCCGCGGCUGGGAUGACUUAUUCAACAAGGUGAAGGAACAUAUAAACUCCUUGGCCGCCAUGAAGUUAUCACCAUACUACAAGGUGUUUGAAGAGGAGGCGCUUACUUGGGAGGAAAAGCUGAACCGAAUCAACGCUCUAUUUGACGUCUGGAUCGACGUCCAGCGUCGGUGGGUCUACCUCGAAGGCAUCUUCAGCGGCAGCGCUGACAUCAAAGCUCUUCUCCCCGUGGAAACUUCACGAUUCCAGAGUAUCAGCUCUGAAUUCUUGACCCUGAUGAAGAAAGUUUCGAAAUCUCCCAUGGUCAUGGAUGUACUGAAUAUCCCUGGCGUCCAGCGUUCUCUUGAACGCCUUGCGGAUCUUCUGGGCAAAAUUCAGAAGGCACUCGGAGAGUACCUUGAACGGGAGCGUGCAUCUUUCCCGCGAUUCUAUUUCGUCGGAGACGAAGAUCUGCUGGAAAUUAUCGGCAACAGCAAAAAUAUUCCUCGUUUGCAGAAACAUUUCAAAAAAAUGUUUGCUGGUGUGAAUGCUAUUCUAUUGAAUGAUGAUAAUAACGUUAUUCUUGGCAUUGCCUCACGCGAAGGAGAAGAGGUGAUUUUCAACACGUCAGUAUCAACUGUUGAAUACCCAAAAAUUAAUGAAUGGCUUACGCAAGUGGAAAAAGAGAUGCGUGUUACUUUGGCCCAGCAUCUGGCGGAUUCGGUUCGCGAUAUCCGCCAAUUCAAGGAGGGCGUUAUUGAUCAGCCUGCAUUUAUGAGCUGGUGCGACAAAUAUGAAGCGCAAAUUGUUGUUCUGGCUGCGCAGAUUAUGUGGAGUGAGGAUGUCGAAGCGGCCUUGCAAGCGGUCAGCACAGCUGGUGACAAUUCAUUAGCGCCAGUCCAGCGUGUAUUGAGCCAAGUAGAAUCAACGCUUACAGUUUUGGCUGAUUCUGUGCUCCAAGAACAACCAGCUCUCCGCCGCCGCAAGUUAGAACACCUCAUCAAUGAAUUCGUUCAUAAGCGCACGGUUACGCGACGGCUGAUACAGUCACGCAUAACUCAUCCCAAGGCUUUCGAAUGGCUCUGCCAGAUGAGGUUUUACUUCGAUCCCAAGCAGACGGACACCCUGAAGCAGCUUUCAAUCUACAUGGCCAACGCCAAAUUCCAGUACGGCUUCGAAUAUCUGGGCGUUCAAGAUCGACUUGUCCAGACGCCCCUUACAGAUCGUUGUUAUUUGACGAUGACGCAAGCUCUCGAAUCCCGUCUCGGUGGUUCGCCUUUUGGACCUGCCGGAACGGGCAAAACAGAAUCCGUCAAGGCCCUGGGACACCAACUUGGUCGAUUCGUCCUCGUUUUUAACUGUGAUGAAACGUUCGAUUUCCAGGCCAUGGGCAGAAUUUUUGUUGGUUUGUGUCAGGUCGGAGCGUGGGGUUGUUUCGACGAGUUCAACCGUCUGGAAGAGCGUAUGUUGUCGGCCGUCUCCCAGCAGGUACAAACGAUUCAAGAAGCCUUGAAAUCCCAAAAAGACAACAAGAAAGAAGGCAGUCUCGUCAUCGAACUCGUCGGCAAACAAGUCAAAGUCUCCCAAGACAUGGCCAUUUUCAUCACGAUGAACCCUGGCUACGCCGGCCGCUCUAAUCUGCCCGACAACUUGAAGAAACUCUUCAGAUCGCUAGCAAUGACAUCGCCAGAUCGCCAGCUCAUCGCCGAAGUCAUGCUCUUUUCUCAAGGAUUCAGGACAGCCGAAAAACUAGCCCAGAAAAUCGUCCCAUUUUUCAAGCUGUGCGAUGAGCAAUUAUCAAACCAAUCUCACUAUGACUUCGGCCUUCGUGCUCUGAAAUCUGUGCUAGUAUCAGCUGGCAAUGUCAAACGCGAUCGCAUCCAGAAAAUCAGAGAAGACAUGGUUGAACGCGGAGAAACGUUCAUAGACGAAAGCGUGAUUGCUGAAAACCUACCUGAGCAGGAGAUCCUUAUCCAAUCCGUCUGUGAGACGAUGGUUCCGAAAUUAGUUGCUGAGGAUAUUCCUCUUCUCUUUUCUCUCUUGACCGAUGUCUUCCCUGGCAUUGCCUACACACGCGCAGAAAUGGCUGGUCUUCGUGAGCAGAUCCGUAAAGUAUGCCACGAGGAGUAUCUCAUCUGCGGCGAGAACGACGAGCAAGGCUCCAUGUGGAUGGAGAAAGUGCUCCAACUCUACCAGAUCAGCCAAUUGAAUCAUGGUUUGAUGAUGGUAGGUCCAUCCGGAUCGGGAAAAUCGACCGCUUGGCGCGUUUUACUCAAAUCGUUGGAACGGCUUGAGGGCACUGAAGGAGUGUCCCACGUUAUCGAUCCCAAAGCCAUCUCCAAAGAGGCGCUGUACGGUGUCCUCGACCCCAACACUCGUGAGUGGACCGACGGCUUGUUUACGCACAUCCUGCGUAAAAUCAUCGACAAUGUCCGCGGUGAAAUCAACAAGCGGCAAUGGAUUAUAUUCGAUGGUGACGUCGAUCCCGAAUGGGUUGAAAAUCUCAACUCGGUCUUGGAUGACAAUAAAUUAUUGACUCUGCCAAAUGGUGAACGUCUCUCUAUCCCGCCAAAUGUUCGGAUUAUGUUUGAAGUACAAGAUCUGAAGUACGCCACGUUGGCUACAGUAUCGCGUUGCGGCAUGGUGUGGUUCUCUGAAGAUGUUCUCACGUCUGAAAUCAUCUUUGAGCAUUACCUUGCUCGUCUACGUCACGUUCCUCUCGAAGAAGGCGAAGAGGACACUGUCCGCACUUCGUCUGGCAAACCGGGCGAGAAGAAAAUUGAAGAAGUCUUAUCGCCUACCAUCCAAGUGCAGCGAGAUGUGGCCAAUAUUCUGCAGCUCCAUUUCUCACCUGAUGGAAUGGUUAUCCGUGCUCUGGAACAUGCAGCUACCCAGAUUGAGCAUAUCAUGGAUUUCACGCGAUUCCGGGCUCUAAACGCUUUGUUUUCCAUGCUCAAUCAAUCUGUUCGUAACAUCCUGAAUUAUAAUCAUACUCACAUGGAUUUCCCGAUGCAGUCGGAUCAGCUAGAACGCUAUGUUCCCAAAACUCUUGUUUAUGCUAUUUUGUGGAGCUUUGCAGGCGAUGGCAAACUUAAAGCACGAAAUGAUUUGGGAGAAUUCUUACGGGGGCUGACGACUAUCCCACUUCCACCACCAAACAUGCCUAUUAUCGAUUAUGAGGUCAGCAUCGGAGGUGAAUGGGUACCUUGGUCUUCGAAAGUACCUCAGAUUGAAGUGGAAACUCACAAAGUGGCCACUCCAGACAUUGUCGUUCCUACACUGGACACCGUGCGGCACGAGUCACUACUCUACACCUGGCUGGCCGAUCACAAACCAUUGGUUCUCUGUGGUCCACCUGGAUCUGGUAAAACCAUGACCUUGUUUUCAGCACUAAGAGCCUUGCCAGACAUGGAAGUCGUUGGUCUGAACUUUUCAUCUGCCACUUCGCCGGAACUUCUUCUCAAAACAUUCGACCAUUACUGCGAAUACCGCAAAACGCCAAACGGUAUGGUUCUGUCGCCCGUCCAGCUGGGCAAGUGGCUCAUCCUCUUCUGCGACGAAAUCAACUUGCCGGACAUGGACAAGUACGGCACGCAGCGCGUCAUUUCUUUCCUCCGCCAAAUGGUGGAGCAAGGCGGAUUCUGGCGACCGACUCCGGGCGGUUCCAGCGGCGAUCAGUCCUGGGUGCGGAUCGAGCGCAUCCAGUUCGUCGGAGCUUGCAACCCACCGACGGAUCCUGGUCGCAAACCUUUGACGCAUCGCUUCUUACGUCACGUUCCUAUUGUAUACGUCGAUUACCCAGGACAAACUUCGCUUAAACAGAUUUACGGAACGUUUAAUCGAGCUAUGCUGCGACUUGUUCCAUCUUUGCGCACUUUCGCUGACCCGUUGACGAAUGCCAUGGUUGAAUUUUACCUGCUCUCGCAAGAACGCUUUACUCAAGACAUGCAACCGCAUUACGUCUAUUCUCCUCGUGAAAUGACACGUUGGGUCCGCGGCAUUUGCGAAGCCAUUCGGCCGUUGGAAACGUUGUCUGUCGAAGGCCUCGUUCGUCUCUGGGCGCACGAAGCCCUACGCUUGUUCCAGGAUCGUUUGGUGGAAGAUGUUGAACGCCAAUGGACGAAUGAGAAUAUCGAUAGUGUUGGUCUGAAACAUUUCCCUAACAUUAAUCGCGAAGAAGCUUUGGCCCGUCCGAUCCUCUUCUCCAACUGGCUGUCAAAGAACUACAUCCCUGUCGACCGAGAGGAAUUGCGUAGUUAUGUCAAAGCUCGACUCAAAGUCUUCUACGAAGAAGAGCUUGAUGUUCCCCUUGUUCUCUUCGACGAAGUCCUCGAUCACGUCCUCCGGAUCGAUCGUAUCUUCCGCCAGCCGCAGGGUCACUUGCUGUUGAUCGGAGUUUCUGGAGCCGGCAAGACGACUCUGUCGCGUUUCGUCGCCUGGAUGAAUGGACUCUCUGUUUUCCAAGUCAAAGUCCAUAACAAAUACACCGCUGCUGAUUUUGAUGAAGAUCUUCGUCAGUUGCUACGUCGAGCCGGCUGCAAGGAUGAGAAGAUUUGUUUCAUGUUGGACGAGUCCAAUGUCUUGGAGUCUGGAUUCUUAGAAAGAAUGAAUACCCUCCUGGCCAACGGAGAAGUACCUGGUCUGUUCGAAGGUGAUGAGUAUACUACGCUCAUGACGCAAUGCAAAGAAGGUGCUCAACGAGAAGGCCUGAUGCUUGAUUCGGCUGAAGAACUUUACAAAUGGUUUACGCAUCAAGUUAUGCGUAACCUCCACGUCGUCUUUACCAUGAAUCCUUCGUCAGAAGGAUUAAAGGAUCGUGCAUCAACAUCUCCAGCCUUGUUCAACCGUUGCGUACUGAACUGGUUUGGUGAUUGGAGUGAUUCUGCAUUCUUCCAGGUCGGCAAGGAAUUUACCAACAGAGUGGAUCUUGAAAGACCCAACUGGAUUGCCAGCGAUCACUUCCCGGCAGCUUUCCCGGCUCUACGUUUACCACCUUCGCAUCGUGAUGCGGUCAUUAAUGCAACAGUGUACGUUCAUCAGACGCUGCAUCAUGCUUGCGCAAGGCUGAUAAAACGAGGGGGCCGCAGCACAGCCAUCACUCCUCGCCAUUACUUGGAUUUCAUUAACCAAUUCGUGAAUUUGUAUCACGAAAAACGUUCCGACUUGGAAGAGCAACAGCUUCAUUUGAAUGUCGGUUUAAAUAAGAUCGCCGAGACUGUGGAACAGGUCGAAGAAAUGCAAAAAUCUCUAGCUGUGAAGUCACAAGAGCUUCAGACGAAGAACGAGGCUGCCAAUUCGAAACUGCGCCAGAUGGUGAAAGAUCAAAACGAGGCCGAACAGAAGAAAAUCACGAGUCAAGAGAUUCAGGCCAUGAUCGAAAAGCAAACACACGAGAUUGCUAUCAAAAAGAAAGAUGUCAUGGCUGACUUGGAUCAAGUGGAACCGGCCGUUAUCGAAGCCCAACAGGCCGUCAAAGGCAUUAAAAAACAGCAUUUGGUUGAGUUGAAAUCGCUCAACAAUCCUCCAGCUCCAGUUAAAUUGGCGUUGGAAGCCAUCUGUCUUCUUCUUGGGGAAGCUACGUCCGAUUGGAAGACCAUCCGUUCCAUCAUCGUCCGUGAAAACUUCAUUUCGACGAUCGUUAAUUUUUCUACUGAAGAUAUUUCCGAUAACGUCCGCGAUCAGAUGAUUAACAAAUAUCUUAACAAUCCUGACUACAACUUCGAUAAAGUUAACCGUGCUAGCGUUGCUUGUGGACCCCUGGUCAAAUGGGCAACGGCACAGGUCAACUACGCUGACAUGUUGAAGCGCGUUGAACCGUUGAGGAACGAACUGAAAAGCUUGGAAAAGCAAGCAGAUGUUAACAAGAAACGAGGAGAAGAGACGACGACGCUGAUCGCUACCCUUGAACAUAGUAUCGCUUCAUAUAAGGAAGAGUAUGCCUUACUCAUUUCGCAAGCACAAGCAAUCAAAAUGGAUCUCGAAACAGUCCAGGGUAAAGUAGAUCGCAGUAUUGGUCUUCUAAAAUCCCUGGGUAUUGAGAAGGAGCGCUGGGAAGCUUCCAGUGAAACUUUCCGUACUCAGAUGUCAACCAUUGUUGGUGACACUCUUCUAUCGUCCGCGUUUUUGGCGUAUGCUGGUUACUUUGAUCAGCAGUACCGUCACAGUUUGUUUACUCGAUGGUGUGCACAUCUUCAGGCGGCUAACAUUCAAUACCGCUCGGAUAUUGCCCGCACGGAAUACUUGUCCAAUCCAGAUGAGCGAUUACGCUGGCAAGCAAAUGCCCUUCCAGCAGACGAACUCUGCACAGAAAACGCCAUCAUGUUGCGCCGAUUCAACCGCUAUCCGUUGAUCAUCGACCCGUCUGGACAGGCGACCGAAUUCAUCAUGAACGAAUUCAAAGACCGCAAGAUCACUCGAACGAGCUUUUUGGACGACGCGUUCCGCAAGAACUUGGAAUCAGCCUUGCGUUUCGGUAACCCACUCCUGGUACAAGAUGUCGAAAACUACGAUCCCAUUCUCAAUCCCGUCCUGAACCGCGAAUUGCGACGAACUGGUGGCCGCGUUCUUAUUACGUUGGGUGAUCAAGACAUCGAUCUUUCUCCGUCGUUCACCAUCUUCCUGUCGACUCGCGAUCCUUCGGUCGAGUUCCCGCCCGACAUUUGCUCUCGUGUCACCUUUGUGAAUUUCACCGUCACCCGAAGUUCGCUGCAAAGUCAGUGUCUUAAUUCCGUUCUUAAAGCUGAACGACCUGAUAUUGAUGAGAAGCGAUCAGAUCUGCUUAAACUACAAGGAGAGUACCAUUUGCGUCUGCGUCAGUUGGAGAAGUCUUUACUUCAGGCGCUAAAUGAUGCCAAAGGCAAGAUCCUUGACGAUGAUUCAGUCAUAACAUCUCUCGAAACGUUGAAGCAAGAAGCUUCUGAAAUCAAUAAGAAAGUGGAGGAAACGGAUAAGGUCAUCGGAGAAAUCGAAACUGUUUCGCAGCAAUACAUGCCACUGUCGCAGGCAUGCAGCAAUAUCUAUUUCACGUUGGACUCGUUGAGUCAGGUCCAUUUCCUGUAUCAAUAUUCGCUACACUUCUUCCUCGACAUCUUCCACUCUGUGCUAUACAAUAAUGCCCGGCUGAAGGAAGUUAGCGACUAUGGCCAACGUCUCUCCAUCGUGACGUCAGAUCUUUUCCAAGUGGUCUAUUGCCGCGUUGCCCGUGGUAUGUUGCACAUUGACCGCCUUACUUUCGCUAUCCUUCUCUGCCGUAUUCAUCUGCGAGGCCUUAACUCUGAACCACACUUGGAUGCCGAAUUUCAACACUUUUUACGCGGCAAAGACGGAGUCCUCAACAAUACCGAUUUGCCUGAACUUAAAAGCCUUGGUCUAAGCAGCGAGGAAAUCGAUGCUUUGGCUCGGCUCUCCAUGAAAUUGCCAGCCUUUAAAGGCCUUGUGAAGCGAAUCAAUGAGUCGUCUGACGAAUUCACACAGUUUUUACAUCAUAACUUGCCUGAAACAUGUGUGUCUGCCAUUUGGGACACCGAAAAGCCAUUGAGUGCCAUCAGUCAGGCAAUGAUGAAACUGCUGGUUAUCCAGGCAGUUCGCCCCGAUCGAGUAAUUGCAGCUGGUCACCAACUUGUUGAUGCUGUUUUGAAUGAGACGUUCAUGCCGGCCGGCGAAAGAGAGUUGGACCUCGCCAAGAUCGUCGACACGGAGGUGAAGGCUGGAACUCCAGUUCUCCUCUGUUCCGCCCCUGGAUUUGAUGUUUCUGGUCGUCUCGACGACCUCGCCACAGAGCUUAACCGGCAAAUCACCAGCAUUGCCAUCGGUUCGGCGGAGGGUUUCAGCCAGGCUGAAAAGGCCAUUAAUUCAGCUGUAAAAACUGGAAGGUGGGUAAUGUUGAAAAACGUUCAUCUUGCUCCCCAAUGGCUUGUUCAGCUUGAAAAGAAGUUGCAUUCUCUUCAACCACACGCCAAUUUCCGCUUGUUUUUGACAACUGAAAUCAAUCCAAAGAUUCCAGUGAAUCUGUUACGCGUCGGCGAGGUUUUAGUAUUCGAACCGCCACCUGGCAUCCGAGCGAAUCUGUUGCGAACAUUCAGCGCAGUGCCAGCUACUCGAAUGAUGAAAGCACCAAACGAACGUACUCGUCUCUACUUCCUAUUGGCUUGGUUCCAUGCUGUUGUCCAGGAACGCUUGCGCUACUGUCCUCUUGGCUGGGCUAAAUAUUACGAGUUCAACGAAUCAGAUUUGAAGGUUGCAUGCGACACUCUUGACACUUGGAUCGAUACGAUGGCUUUAGGACGAACCAACCUUCCACCAGAAAAGGUGCCAUGGGAUGCACUAAGCACCCUCUUGUCCCAGUGCAUCUAUGGUGGCAAAAUCGACAACGAAUUCGAUCAGCGUCUUUUAGCUUCUUUCCUCACCAAGCUCUUUACGCCUAAAAGCUUCGAAGCGGAUUUCCUGCUUGUUUCCAGUCAAGAAGUGCAGUCUGCCGAUUCGUGUCGUAUAGUUAUGCCGGAAGGAAUUCGACGUGACCAGUUUUUGCAAUGGAUUGAGGGAUUGUCUGAUCGCCAAUAUCCAGCUUGGCUAGGAUUGCCAAACAAUGCAGAGAAAGUGCUGUUGACCACCCGAGGCACUGAUAUGGUUACCAAGUUGUUGAAGAUGCAACUGCUGGAAGAUGAUGACGACGAUGAAGAUGAGUCAGCGUAUUCGGCCUCAGCCCAACGGGACAAAGACGAAGCCGCCGCACAGCGCAGUGAUGGACGUCCCGCUUGGAUGCGUACUUUGCUUGAAUCUGCUCGUACCUGGAUGGGUCUCCUACCCGAUUCACUUGUCACAUUGCGCCGUACAGUUGAGAACAUCAAGGACCCACUGUAUCGCUUCUUUGAGCGUGAAGUCAAUAGCGGUGCUAAAUUGUUGCACGACGUCCGACAAGAUUUGAAUGAUGUCAUCCAUAUUUGCAAGGGCGAGAAGAAACAGACAAACUACCAUCGCCAGAUGCUCAGUGAACUAGUUAAAGGAAUUCUACCACGAUCUUGGCGUCGCUACACAAUUCCAGUUGGCACGACGGUUAUUCAAUGGAUAACAGAUUUCAGCUUGCGUGUGAAACAGCUUCAGCAAGUGUCACAGGUUGUUUCACAGAAUGGGGCACGUGAGCUGCAAACUGUGACGGUCUGGCUCGGUGGACUCUUCAAUCCGGAAGCGUACGUCACGGCUACACGCCAAUGCGUGGCUCAGGCAAACAGCUGGUCUUUGGAAGAGCUUACACUUCAGGUGACUAUUGAAGACCAGGUAUCGUCGGUGUAUGAUGACCGCUGCUUCAGUCUCAAAGGAUUGAAGCUGCAAGGAGCUGUGAGUAAGGAAAACAAACUUCUUCUCACAUCUGCCAUGAUGACAGAUUUAUCUCUGACGCGACUACGCUGGAGCCGAGUUCAAGGAGUACAGCCAGUGGAAGCUGGAUCAGUGACACUGCCCGUUUAUCUAAACGCCAAUAGAACGGAAAUCCUGUUUACCGUUGAUCUUGUUGUCGCCAAUUCCGAAGAGAAACUCAGUUUCUAUGAACGAGGAGUUGCUUUAAUGGCUUCAACAUCAUUGAACUAAAUUUGUGUUAUUGCUUCUUUUUGUUCCCCUUUGUUUUGCUUGAUUUAUUUGGUGAUUGGAGCAUUUAGUUAGUCGCUUAAGUCGCAUUAUUGGAGUCGUUGUAUCGUAACUCUAAACAGAAAUACAAUGGCAUCUUAUGUAACAUUAA